AUCAUUAGGCAAAGGUUCCUUAGUCAAAGCUCUUGGAUCAAAGUUAACAUCAAAUAUUGAUCUUAAUUUCUGUGACUUUCCUAAUAACAUGAACAAGAAAUUGGCAAUUGCAUUAGAUGGUCUUUGUUUCGAAGCAUCCAAACAUUGUGUUCAACUCAGGCCAAUGAAAAUUGUAAACUGUAAUGCUGCAGAUUCAAAUUCUAGCUACCGGUCUUUCUCUAAAGCAUAUUGUGAGGUAGAGGCAAAGUCCAGUAAGAAGUUUUUGUUUGGAGAUGUGUUCCGACGUGGCAUUGACAUUCUGAUUGGGUAUUUAGAAAACAAAGCAGUGCCAGAAAACAGACAGGAACGAUUUGUACUUGAUAAGCUGCUAUCAUAUGUGAACUCUAAUGCAGCUGAUGAUAUACCAACAACUAACUUACACGAAAUGACGAAGGGAGAGUUGAGCAAGUUGAUGACAAAUCACUUGUUUGGAAAGUUGUCAACAUCACCUCACUAUACAGUUAACAAAGAGUGUGAUGAUCAGAGAAAAGACAACUGCCCAUGUAGCUAUCCUGAUUGCCAGCUGACAGGAGCAUUGGGAGACACAAGUGUUGGAAACAGUGAGGUUUGGCAUGGGAAUAUGGACAUCAUUAUCAAUGACAAUCUAGCAUUACAUUUUGAAUUGCCAGAGGAGAACUCUAAAACUGCUGCUGAAAAUUCUCUAUUAGAAAAACAGACAUCAAAUGCUUCAUCCCAGAAUUCACAGUUAAUUGCAGAGACAAUUGUAUUUUCAUUUUUACAGAAGCAGAAACAUCCAGAAUACAGUAAUUUUCUAACACCUGCAGUUGGAGUAGGGAUAUCUGAAAUGACAAUCAUGUUUUACGAUGCAGAGCAUGAUGUCCUGUUGGAGAGUACAAGGGUACCUUUAUUUGAUUCACCAGAAGAGGACUGUAGAAAGUUCAGUCUAGCAGCAAUUCUCAUUUCUUGGCUUGUUGUUAACUACAAGUAUUUAAGUUCAGGAUUGGUUGACACCAUGCAAACAUACACCGCAGAUUUCCACAAUCAUACUAGAGGGAAAAUUGAGAUUUAUGAACAGAAGCUGAGUUUAGGAAAUGUUGGAUCUUCUAGCAGUAGUAGAGCCAAACGUAAAAAACCUCCAACAGUUGUGGCUAGUAGCUAUUUGUAUAAAAAACACAAACUGUUGAGUAGAAUUAUAUUUGGGGAGAAAUGUGGUGAUGGUGACUCAGAUGAGAACAGCAGUGAAGAGGACAAAAGAAACAAUUAAUGUUAUCUAAUUAAUCCUUAGUAACAUGCAUGUAGUAGUUCAAGAUUUGUAAAUAUCU